CCAAAUUCGAAUCUGCUAAAGCUGAGCGAUAGCAACAACGACGAGCAUGGGUCCUAAGCAGCAGAAACAACGCCGAUACAGGAAAGAAAACCACCGCCAACACGCGCAAGGACCGUCUCAUCAGCUCAACAGUGAUGCUGAUGACGGGUCUUUGCCGAUUGAUCCAGCAGCUGAAGAAGAACAGGAGCAACAAGUUCCUGCGGUUCAGCUCGCCAUGUGGGAUUUUGGGCAGUGCGAUGCAAAGAGAUGCACGGGACGCAAGCUUGCAAGAUUUGGAUUUUUGAAAGAAAUGCGAGUUGGUACUGGAUUUGGAGGAAUUGCUCUGAGUCCCGUUGGAACACAAUGUGUCUCCCAAGAGGAUCUUGAGUUAAUAAAAAGGCGAGGUUUAGCUGUUGUUGAUUGCUCUUGGGCGCGUCUAGAUGAUGUGCCUUUCUCCAAGCUGCGUUGUGCUGCUCCUCGUCUUUUGCCUUGGUUGGUGGCAGCAAAUCCGGUAAAUUAUGGCCGGCCUUGUGAGCUUUCAUGCGUUGAGGCGCUAGCUGCUGCUUUGAUAAUAUGUGGAGAAGAAGAAACCGGACAUCUAAUUCUCAGCAAGUUCAAAUGGGGUCAUGCGUUCUUGUCGCUAAACAGAGAGCUUCUCAAGGCGUAUUCUGAAUGCAAGAAUGGGGCUGACAUGAUUACUGUCCAAAACGAGUGGCUUUCGCAGCAGAACUCACGACAUUCAGACAAGGACAUCAAUAAUGGGCAAGGUGAGCAUUCUGGGUCCAAUAAUGAUGAGGAUGGGUCGGGCAGUGGCUCCGAGGACGGUCUUCCUCCGCUUGAAAAAAACAUGAAUCACUUGAGUUUAGAGGAGAGUGACGAUGACAGCGAGUGAAGUGAACUAUGUUUAUCAAAUAUAUGAACCAUGUUUUGCACGAAAAAGCUCAUUUGCUCUCUCUAUCUCUCAUACAUGAGCUCGUUUUUGCAUCUA